GGGAAGCUGCUGUGAAAGACGGACGAUUGGGAAAUUUUUGCGUGAUUAAAAACACGCUGUCGUUUAAUAGAAUUCAACAGUUUUUGGUUCUGAACAGAAAGUGAAAGUGGUUGAGGUGUGAUUGUGGCAAAACAGAAACAAACGAUCUCAGUUAAUAAACAAAAAACCGAAAGUGUACUGAUCCGCAGCAAUGAAGCAGUUCGUAUAUUGUCUCGUUUUUUGCGUUCUACUGAGGAUAGAGUCGAGUUUUGGAACCUUACCUUCGAUCCUGCCGACUACCUGUUCCCGGAGCGACCCGAACUUCGAACGAUGCGUCAAGGGCGUCGUGGAGCUGAUUCGACCCAACAUCGCGUCGGGAAACUACGGUCCGGGUCAACCGAAGGCCCCCGCCUUGGAACCGAUUUUCAUCGAUAAGAUGCUCAUCGAUAAUGGACCGAGUUUUAGGGCCAAGAUGUCCAACGUGACGAUCAAGGGUGCCGGAGGAUUUCUGAUCGGAAGAAUAAGUCUGAACUUGGCGGAGAAGGCUUUCAAUGUGAGCGUGAAACUUCCUAGCAUGGUGGUCGAUGGAAAGUACACCCUCGACAUGCAACUGCUGCUACUCAGGAUCACCGGUCAGGGAGAUUUCAAUCUGCGCCUGGAUGAUACUCUCUGCAAUCUGAAGCUGAAAUAUUUCUUCACCCGCGGGGCUGACGGUAAGGAAUCCGUCCAGUUCCAACCGAUCCAGGUGCGACUGAAGUUUGUCAAGGGACGCUUCAAUCUGCAGAAUCUGUUCAACGGUGAUCCAACGCUGGGCCAGGUUGGCAACAAUGUGAUCAACGAGGAUCCGCUGGUGCUACUGGAGGAGGUACGGCCGGCAUUCGAGCAGAGUCUGGGCAAAAUUUUCACCGCUAUUGCCAACAGUGCAAUCAGUGGGGCAUCGGAACUGGAACUGCUGCCACUUUAAUGACGGUUGUCCGGCGGUCCGAGUUUACUAUUGUUAGUACAAACCUUUUGUUUUUUUUUUUUUUGGCACGAAUUUCCUAUUAAAAUACUGUUCUUUACUGACUGGUGUAUGACACU